CAUUCCUCGGCCUACAACUUCCGGAUCUGCUGAGCGUCCGGGAAACGGUUGGCUUCCGGUCGCGCAGCGGUGGGCGGAGCCAAGAUGGCUGAGGAGAAGCUUAGGAUGAAAACUCAGGUUCCUGAAUCUCAAAAACCCAGACCAAAAAAAGCUUUAGAGUUUCCUAUUGUGGAGAGACUGAACUGGCUGAUCCAUCUCCACUAUAUCCGGAAGGAUUAUGAAGCAUGCAAGGCUGUGAUCAAAGAACAGCUUCAGGAGACUCAGGGGUUAUGUGAAUAUGCUAUCUAUGUCCAAGCACUGAUUUUCCGCCUGGAAGGAAAUAUCCAAGAAUCCCUGGAACUCUUUCAGACAUGUGCUGUUCUCAGCCCUCAGUGUGCUGAUAAUCUCAAGCAGGUGGCCAGAUCUUUAUUUCUUCUGGGAAAACAUAAAGCCGCCACUGAAGUUUAUAAUGAAGCAGCCAAACUUAACCAGAAAGAUUGGGAGAUCUGCCAUAACCUGGGAGUGUGCUAUACUUAUCUAAAGCAGUUCAGCAAGGCACAAGACCAAUUGCACAGUGCCCUCCAGCUUAACAAGCAUGACCUGACUUACAUAAUGCUGGGGAAGAUCCACUUACUGGAGGGAGACUUGGACAAAGCCAUUGAGAUCUACAAGAAAGCAGUAGAGUUCUCGCCAGAAAAUACAGACCUUCUUACAACUUUAGGAUUACUCUACUUACAGCUCGGUGUUUACCAGAAGGCAUUUGAACAUCUUGGGAAUGCACUGACUUACGACCCUGCCAACUACAAGGCCAUCUUGGCAGCAGGCAGCAUGAUGCAGACCCAUGGGGACUUUGAUGUUGCCCUCACCAAAUACAGAGUUGUAGCUUGUGCUAUUCCAGAAAGUCCUCCACUUUGGAAUAACAUUGGAAUGUGUUUCUUUGGCAAGAAGAAAUACGUGGCAGCUAUCAGCUGCCUAAAACGAGCCAAUUACUUGGCACCCUUCGAUUGGAAGAUUCUGUACAAUCUGGGCCUUGUCCAUUUGACUAUGCAGCAGUAUGCAUCAGCAUUCCAUUUUCUCAGUGCAGCCAUCAACUUCCAGCCAAAGAUGGGGGAACUCUACAUGCUCUUGGCUGUGGCUCUGACCAAUCUGGAAGAUACAGAAAAUGCCAAGAGAGCUUACGCAGAAGCUGUCCGCCUGGAUAAAUGUAACCCUUUAGUAAACCUGAACUAUGCUGUGCUGCUGUAUAACCAGGGUGACAAAAAGGGUGCCCUGGCCCAGUACCAGGAGAUGGAGAAGAAGGUCAACUUUCUCAAGGACAACAGUACUCUGGAAUUUGACUCUGAGAUGGUGGAGAUGGCUCAGAAGUUGGGAGCUGCCCUCCAGGUUGGAGAGGCACUGGUCUGGACCAAACCAGUCAAAGAUCCAAAGUCAAAGCACCGCACCAAUUCAGCCAGCAAAUCUGCUGCUCUCCAGCAGCCUUUGGGCUCCAAUCAAGCUCUAGGACAGGCGAUGUCUUCAGCAGCUGCAUACAGGAAGCUCCCUUCAGGUGCUGUAGGAGCCCAGCUCACAAAGCCACCAUCGCUUCCAUUGGAGCCAGAGCCAGAGUCCACUGUGGAGGCAAGUCCAACAGAAGCAUCAGAACAAAAGAAAGAAAAAUAGCAACAAACACAAGAAAAACAGGAUGACCCUGGAGUGGGGAGGGUCUCUUAGGUGAGACCAUAUAGAAAGAAAGUGGUCAUAUGACCAGGCAGAUAGAGGCCAGCCCUGUUCCCUGGGUGGGCACUGUAGAAUUAAAACAGAACCCAGGGUGCGCUGUGAUGAUCAAGAGAAGCCUAAAGCCCAUGCAGCUCUUACCUGGCCCCAUCAUCCAGGAACGAGGGAGAAGAAAGACAUGCUAGGAUAGGCUUGAAGCCCUGCAUGUAUAGCUCCAAGAGUCAGCAAGGCAGAUGAUCAGAGACCAUUACUCGAUGAAGAACUUUUAUCUUGAUAAAGGGAAAGGGACUUCUGGUUAGUAGCCUGUGGUGAUGAAGCCCCAUUCUAACUGGACUGGGGGAACACACCAGUCCCCACUGUAAACACAAACCUUGGAUUAAGAACCUAGUUAAAUAGCCCCACCCCCCUUUAGAUUAAGUUGAGACCCAAUCUGGAAUGUAUCCUAGCUCUGUUUGCUCAAAGAGAAUCUAAAACAAGUCCCUAUUGUCAUUCUUAAAAGAGGUCAGAGUCUGGAGCCAGAUCGUGUCAGUAUGAUUAGUAGGAGUCAAGGCUGGUCUGGAUUUGGCACCAAGGAUUUAAAGAAAGGGUGUGGGUCGGGUGACUGAAGGCAUAGUUCAGUUGUUAGAGCCCUGGGUUCAAUCCCCGGUACUUUGAAAACUGACAAACAAACAAACAAAAAACCAGCUCUUAGCCAAAGAGUUUUAACCAAGACAAUCAAUGAUGAAUGCUGACAGAUGCUCUCAUGGCCUUUGUAAAGAUUAUGGACUACCAAGAGGUCACAUUAAAAGCUUUUUUGAAAAAAAAAAAAAAAAA